GACGUCACGGCCGCGGCCGACGUCACGGCCGCUUGCCGCAUCCGCCAGAUCGCCCGGAGCAGCUCCGGCGCGGGUCUCUGCGGGAGCCCCGACACUGCGGCUUCUCCUCCGACAUGGCAGACGCGGAGAACCAGGGGCCGGCCGAGCCCAGCCCGGCGGCGGCGCCGGCAGAGGCGGCGGCGGAGGAGGUAAUGGCGGAAGGUGGUGCGCAGGCGGGCGACUUGGACAGCGCGGCCGGUCAGACGGCAGAGGAGCCCCAGACCCCUGCCGAGAAUGCACCAAAGCCUAAAAAUGACUUUAUCGAGAGCCUGCCUAACUCGGUAAAAUGCCGAGUCCUGGCCCUCAAAAAGCUGCAGAAGCGAUGCGAUAAGAUAGAAGCCAAAUUUGAUAAGGAAUUUCAGGCUCUGGAAAAAAAGUAUAAUGACAUCUAUAAGCCCUUACUUGCUAAGAUCCAAGAGCUCACCGGUGAGAUGGAGGGAUGUGUAUGGACCUUAGAGGGUGAGGAGGAGGAGGAGGACGACGACGAGGAGUACGAGGAUGAGGAGGAGGGAGAGGAGGAAGAGGAGGAGGAGGAGGCUGCGGCGAAGGGUGCCAAAGGUGAGGGUCCCCACUCUGCCUUGUCUGAUGACGCCAGGAAAUAAGCGGGGCAGAGACUGAAGAGGAGAAUGACGACGAAGACAAAAACGCUACUUUUUAAAAAUAUUAUGUAUAUAUGGGUGGACUUAAAAAAGGCUCAGGUUUUGGACCAAAAUACAAUGUGAAUCAAUUCUGACAUUCCCAAAAAUAUAUUAAAUUGAAGCAAUCAGAUCCUGGCCAGCCCGUUUCAAAUUUGAUUUUCAUUUGGAACACAAAUAUAUCAAAAGAUGUUAAAGAAAAUGUGUUUAAAAUAAUUUUUUCAUGAUGUCUUCUUGAGGACUGGAACUGAGGCUUAUUAAGGGUGUCACGUAGAUGUAAAGUAAAGAAUGUCACUUUGAGACUCAUUCAUCACACUGUCAUCACACUACACACGGAACACCCAAGCCAAGACUGAACAUGUUCUCAAUGCCUAAUUCUUCAUUAGUCCUGAAAUUUUCCAGUCCAGAACCCAAGAAAAGUCCCAUCUUUAAGACUUUGCUUUUGUAACCCAGACAUCAGCUUUACACUUAGGAGAAGAGUGAUGGAACCAAGCGUGUGAUGGAGAUCAUGACAGUACUGUUAAUAAGCCUGGAAAACUGCCACUUCAAAUUCUAAAGAAUGUUCUGAAUAUUUGAAUUUAGAGAAACAACAUGGUUCCGAGAAGGAGGGUGUAUAACCUGUAUAAUAUUGUCAACAAUAAUGUGUUCGUUAUUUACAGUCUCAUAUUUAUGUGUUUUCUGGGUAGUGUCUCUUUACAAAAGUGUAAAAAAAAAAAACCCCAAAUGUUUAAGUAUUAAAUCCCUUUACCUAGCAUUUUAGAAAUAUUAAUUUACUUGAAGAGAUGUAGAACGUAGCAAAUUCUGUCAAGCAUGUGUAUCCAGUGUUAUGUAGUUUGAUCCUUGUAAAGUCUUUUUGUCCUGUAGCUUUUAAAAUGUAGCUGUGAAAAUUAUCAGAACUUUUCACUGAAGCUAAUGUUUGGAACAAAUAUAUACUUGAAGAACCAAUCCAAGUGUGUGUCCCCACCCCCAGCUCAGAAGUAGAAAGGGUUUAAGUUUGCUUGUAUUAGCUGUGCCUUCAUUAUUUUGCUACGUAAAUGUGACAUAUUAAAUAUAAAAUGGUGCAUAAUCAAAUUUUACUGCUGGAGGAUAGACUGGCAUACAGUCAAGGAUUUUUAGGAAGGACACAUUUAAUAUAAAGACUCUUAGCUUCUUUGUGGAUUUUGAAUUGCGUGUGACCCAGUGAUCUAUAAACAUAAGCAUAAAGUUGUUUACCACUGUGGUGUUAAUAAAGCAGUAUUUUCCAAAAACAAAGGGACUCGG